AUCAGAAAGAAAAGAAAAAGCGCAGAGCCAUGCUGGGUUUAAACAGGAUUCUGAGCCUCCGGGCAGAGCGGAUUCGGAGCUGUGGUUCGCCGGGAGUGAGACUCUCAUCCCGGUCUUCUUCAUGCCAAAACCCCGGUGCCAGUUCGAGGAUUUACUGUGCGUGUCUGUUGCUGUUGCUGCUGGUGACGCCUCGGGUGGACUCUUCAUGGUGGUACAUUGGUGCACUGGGGGCCCGUGUGAUCUGUGACAACAUCCCAGGCUUGGUGAACAAGCAGCGGCAACUCUGCCAGCGCCACCCAGACAUCAUGCAGGCCAUCGGUGAGGGCACCAAGGAGUGGAUCAGAGAAUGCCAACACCAGUUCAGACACCAUCGCUGGAACUGCAGCACACUGGACCGCGACCACACUGUGUUUGGACGUGUCCUGCUACGGAGUAGUCGUGAAGCAGCAUUCGUCUAUGCUAUCUCCUCAGCAGGAGUGGUAUAUGCGCUUACUCGCGCCUGCAGCCAGGGGGAACUGAAGACAUGUAACUGCGACCCACACAAGCGUGGGCGGGCUAGUGAUGUGAGAGGAGAGUUUGACUGGGGUGGCUGUAGCGAUAAUAUCAACUACGGGAUAAAGUUUGCCAAAGCCUUCAUAGAUGCCAAAGAGAGGACUGUCCGAGAUGCACGGGCACUCAUGAACCUACACAACAAUCGCUGUGGCAGAACAGCAGUGAAGCGAUUCAUGAAGCUGGAGUGUAAAUGUCAUGGAGUGAGCGGCUCUUGCACGCUGCGGACAUGUUGGAUGGCCAUGUCAGACUUUAGGAAGACUGGUGACUACCUGAGGAGGAAAUACAACGGGGCCAUCGAGGUGACAAUGAAUCAGGAUGGGACAGGCUUCGCUGUAGCCAACAAAGCCUUCAGGAAGGCCACCAAGAAUGACCUGGUCUACUUUGAGAACUCUCCGGAUUAUUGCCUGCAAGACAAAGCAGCAGGUUCCCUGGGCACGGCUGGGCGGGUCUGCAAUAAGACAUCACGUGGCACAGACGGCUGCGAGGUCAUGUGCUGUGGACGGGGCUACGACACCACGCGAGUCAAGCAAAUCACCAAGUGCGAGUGCAAAUUCAAAUGGUGCUGUGCUGUGGAGUGUAAGGACUGUGAGGAGGCCGUGGACAUACACACAUGCAAGGCCCCAAAACGAGCCGAAUGGUUGGACCAGACCUGA